AUGCCCAAAACAAUGGAGUGCAGUAUCAAGCAGUAUCAGCAGCAGGCAGGCGGCACGUUACCGACCACAAAGCUAAUUCAAUCAAUUGGAUGGCAUUCCAGAAAAAAGGAACACGAAGGAACAGGCGCUCGUCAAAGUCUCAACUAUCCAAAACGGGUAUCUAUGGGUCAAUGUAGGAAAGCAUAUGGUCGUGUGAUUAUACUUGUCAUGUACACAGCGGAAACUUUACCUACAGGAACGAAUGGACGAACAUUGGCAUGUUAUGCGUCAUUAUCCGAUUACGAACUGAUCCAAGUAGAUAUCGACAUCAAUGAGGAAAUCAGUGCUGCUUGUUCGAAGCAUAAAGUGGUGAGGUUCAAAAAGUACUGCGCAGCAGCUUAUUUCCUCAAAUAUACCGACUGGAUGCUCGUAGUAGAUGACAACGCAGCGGUAGCAAAUCCGAACCACUGCAUUGAAGAAUGGAUCGACGAACGGGUGAACUUGAUCUUUGUCGAAAAUUUCAAUAACUGGGAGAUUUCUGAUGAAAACUAUUUGGUACGUCGAAGUAGUUGGUCCAUGAAAAUCCUACAAGAACUGGCUGGGAUGGAGUUUAAUCAAGCUCUAAGCCAGAACAAGUAUGACAGAGGGGUUCUAUUGGCCUUCUUAGCGCAUACUCUGGUUGACGAUGGUGACAUGGAAUACGAGCAAUGUAUGGCUGAAUGGGGUACCAAGUUCAACCACCAUGCCUCGACAGCAUGCGGACGACUAGUUCUCGGAUACCAACGCCUGUGGCCAGGAAAAGUGCGCAUCUACAGGAAAGGGCAUGGCUGGGUCAGAGAUUCGGCUCUGACAAGUAACUUUUGGUGCGAGAGUGACUUUAUUCUACAAAACUGGCAAGAGAAGAGUAUACAAGGUGAUCUGUGGAUGAGUCCUAACGACAUCAAAGACUCAGACAGUUGCGCAUUGAAAGGAUCCACAUGGAAAUGGCUGCCCAAUAAAAGCCUGAACUGUACAGUCAUCAGAGAAGACUUGCAAGCGUUCGAAACAAUGCGCAGAAGGAAUUAUCCUAAAAUAGCUGAUGAAUUCAUGAAAGAGCUAGACGUUUGGUCGUGCUAUCCUCGCUGUGAACUUCACUGA